AUGCCACCUCCACAGAAAAUCCCAAGCCUCAGACCUUUCACGCAGAGGAAGAGCUUAGCAACCAGACAGGAGGAAGUUGCUGGAACUCAAGCAAGGUUUCCAAACAAGAUCCCAGUGAUAGUGGAGCGCUACCCCAGAGAGAAGUUCCUGCCCCUGCUGAACAAAACCAAGUUCCUGGUCUCACAGGAGCUGACCAUGACCCAGUUCCUCAGCAUCAUCCGCAGCCACGUAGUCCCGAGGGCCACUGAAGCCUUCUGCUUGUUGGUGAACAAUAAGAACCUGCUCAACAUAAAUGUUACCAUGGCAGAGACCUACAAGGACUGGAAGGAUAAGGAUGGUUUCAUGUGCAUGACCUACGCCUCCCAGGAGACAUCAGAAGGAAUGCUCCUUUUAAUAAGAUUAGUUUAA